AUGAAAGUGCUGGAGAAUGGAAGGACCUGCUACGACCUGAACAUGUUGGAAAUGCUUCACAUCCAAAAAGAAGACAAUCCAAUCAACCUGAAAACUGAUGUGGAGAAUCUGAAUACUCUUUACGCUUGUUUAGUUUUGAAAAGCUCUGAAGAGGUUUGCAAACAGCAAACGAAACGUCAGCUAAGAACAAAAUAGCAUAAGUUAAUAAACAACAAGACUGGACGCCAUUCGUUUUUUCAUUUAAACAUUCACAUUUUUAUCAUAUCUUUUUCUAUAGCUAGUAGUGUUAGUAUACGUUCGUCUCGUAGAUAUAA